CGUUCAUCCCAUGGCCCCUCUCAAAUUCUGGAAGUUUGGUGACAAAUUCUGUCUCCUCAUAACCUGUGACUCUUACGAUUACCGCUUUGCGAAUUGAAGGUAUUCUCACCGCCAGAGGGCCGGCUGUUGCGCUGGAAUUGGCAAAGUCUCGCUGACCGAGCUCAAGCAUUUGCCUUGUGUGACAGCGCAGCCGAAUUGAUCAAGUGUCUGAACGGACCGGGCAUCCCCAGCAGUGCUUUUGUCGGCAGCAAUCUCGGCAGUCGACAUCAUUCGAGAACCACUCGCCCCCUCAUCUGGUCCAGAAUGCUCUAUCGAUACGCGCUGAGGGAGGGUCGGAAAUGGCAGGCAACCAUCGUGAAGUGGCACGACAUGAUUGGGUCCUCUGUUGUCACCCUGGAGAAGCUCUGAACCGGAACGCCAAGACGGGGCCUGAUGGGGCCCAGUUUCGGACUUUGAGGGCCGGCGCCGUUCGGCCGUGGGUGGGUCACUCCGCAUCUUGCGGUAUCUUCUUAGUUUUUAAUAUCGCGCGCCGAGAGAACACCCGUGACCGGUGAGGGCUUCAAUAUGCCAGCAAGCGCCAGGUGGCUUAUUUGGGACAUUACCGAGGCAAGACAUAUCGCAGACGAUACAAAGCGGUCAACGAGGAGGUAUGCCGCUAGCCGUCUACUUCCCUCCCGCCCGGGCUGUCAUGGAUGUCAUUCAAAGGUUGUCCCGCCAUAGCACGACGCUGUUUCACCUGCCGGCAGCACUGCUGCUCUCCACUCGGCAGAGCCUCUUUUCUCCGCCGUGCUUGGUGCUUCCCCAGGUUAUCUGGAAGCACUGAGCAUUGUUGAGUCAUCUGACAGUCCCCAGCAGGGACCCGGGCGUGUUUGUGUUUUAGAGCCUUGCGGGGCGGAGUCCGGAAUGCGGCGACCGGCAUCUUUUGUUAAUUAUCCCGCGCUUCGGAGGGGAAACAGAACAAUUGUGGUCUUUGGGCUUCUCUGCAGAUUUCUGGCGGAGUCGACGAUGACUUGCAGCAAGCAAGCAAGAAGCAAGAAGCAAGAAGCAAGAAGCAAAGCCGGGCAGCUUCGUGGCAUCUCGUAUCGCGAGUCCCUGAUUCCGGAGGGGUUGCUGCAGGUACAUGUCUGUAGGGUGGGCUUCGGUGACGACGCCGAUGCUAGGUAUGAUGUCGGGCAGGAAAGGUGAAGGAGUGCCACAGUGCUUCGCCGCCGCGGUGAGGCUCGGCUAUCUUGGAAGCUAGAAACGUGUCAAUCGCUCAGGCAUUGGAAUGCCACGAUGCCAGCUCAUCCACCUCAGAGGUCAUGCACACCCACAAGCCACAACUGCCCGGGGGGGGGAAGGGGGGCAUUGGAGCCCAACACCACCACACCACCAAUUGACCCGAGGGGAGGAGAUAUUGAGACAGCCACAUCUGGUCUUCUCAGUUGUGGCUUGGGUUACGUGAAUAGUACGUGAUGAGGAUGUGCCCGAAAAGGCCCGCCCUGGCCGGACGUUUUCAUCCAGUAGAGACAUCCCAGCAGUGCUUGCCUCACUUUUUGGGCCAAUCAGGACGAUCAUGACACCCACCGGAUGCUUGGUGCAGCAGCGAGGGAUGGGCGGGAUUCGCUGACAGCAGAGCGUGCCACAGGCGACACAUGCAUCUCGACUCUUUGAGAGUGGUCGACCGAGCCCGAUUCUGUUCUAGUGGCAGAAGCAGAGAAAUCUUCUCUUCUCUCCUUGUCUCCUUCAUCGAUCAGGUAUAAUAUGAUGUGUGAAAUGUAGGUGACCGAACUGAGAAGUUGCAACGGUGCCCAAGGAUCGACUCAUGGAUCUCGUGUGGACCCACGACGGCAUCUGCAAUUUGGGAGAGAAGGGGGGGCAUGCAGUAGACAACAGGUAUCGGAGAAUAUUCAACGUCGUUGAAGCUGUGGGGGUUGAGAAGCUGGAAAGCCCUUCUGUGCAGCAGUAGCACGACAGCGACAGUGGAGGUUGACGAUAUUGGAGAAUGGAACCUGGAACUGCCCUGAGAGCCAGUGGAGCCGUGGCUCGACGGGUGUGCUUCAGCGGUUCCCUGGCGCGCUAGCCAGCACACGACCGCUAACUGUGACUGGACCGUUGGGUGCAACUUGCCGCGACAGGAACCCUUACGGCCACCACCGGGCAGCCAACACAUCACCUCUCCCUCCCCUUCCCCCCCCUCCUUGAUGAUUCAUCUUUUUCUCUUCACUAUCUCUCUCUCGUCUGUUGCCGUCUCUUUCCCCCCUCGGGUUAUUUGCCCUACUGGAUACAGGCUGCUGAGCCGCCCCCGCGAAAACGAUGGGAUGCACCCGCGGGACAGAGCCCAGCCAGAAUAUGGCUUCGAUAACGAUUGGGAGAUGGGGAAUAUGACUGUUCCCCUCCGCAACCGGGCGCACACCUCCCACCACUAGUCUACGCAAGAGAACCUGUCGUGGAAGUUGCCGGGGGAUGGAAGCAGCCUUCUUCCUUCCAGUCUUCUUUGAGAAUUCCAUCCGUCCAUCUAUCCAUUCAUCCAUCCAUCCAUCUCACCUGCAGAGAUGAGCUGGAAUUAUUAUCAUCAUGAAUAAGCAAUCGACGGGACUUGCAAUUCCAGGAGUUUAUCGUCAUGAGGUGAGGUGGCAGAUCCAUCCCGUCACAUCCUGGGCCCGUUUGCUUGGGAUCUCCCUUUCCCAGCACUCAUUUGGUGUGACCAAGCAUACCGUUGAUCCCUGGUCCAACAAGUCGUCACCAUUCUGGGUCUCUAUCGAGGUACCUGGUAUCAAGUAUCGUGGUAGGCCACACCACCUGCAUGUCCAUGUCUACCUGAUCAUAUUGUAUACUCCCAUCCUCCCCCCUCCUCCACCUCAUGCCCUCCAAGAAACUCCGUUUCGAAAUCGACACUAAGCUAGCUGACCCCAGACCCCCUCGGCACCUGGUAGGUCUCGUCGUUGCGUGCCAUAUCCAACGAAGCCUCGUGAGCAUCUGCUCGAUAAAUAUCAUUUGCUCGCUCCUCGUUGCGCCAAUCUUUUCCCUUCUUCAAUCAUUAUUAUUAUACAUUGACAUUGACUUACAACAACUUACAUUUGUAUCUGCAACUUCCCAUUCCAUCUUUUGACUCAUCCCGAGUCUUUCACUUCCAACACACACACACACAUACACACACACACACAACCAGCCAACCAUACCAUACCAUACCAUACCAUACCAUACCAUACAUACAUAUCUACAUACAUACAUCCGCUUGUCGCCGGCCGACUUUAUUCUCUUCCCACUCGGUCCGCCCUACCUCUCCUCGCCUCACCUACUCUUGACAGGCUGAAAGGCGACCAGAAUGAGCCAGGUCCAAAGGUUAGAAGCAUUGCUUCGACAAAAAGAGCACGAGAAGCAAGAGAUCAUGAGCCAGCUCAGCAGAGCCCGGACGUCCCGGUCCUCGGCCACAGCUGCCGCCCUCGACUUUGAGUCUGUCCCCGGCAACUACCAGAUCGCUCCGUCACGACCAGUUCUCGCCGACAAUGGACGAUCAAGAAGCAACACGAUACCCCGCAGUGUGACGGCUGCACCCGGCAUUGCUGCUGCUGACAGUGUUUCCCUUCAGCUGGAUCACGUCCAGUCACAGGACCAGAGCCGUCCCAUGAAGCGUUCCAAGACCACACACAAUGCUGGUCCAUCCUCUGGCACGGGCAUGGCGAGGUCCAGCUCAAAUAUGUCCAUACAACCAGGUGUCCCCAGCGGCAGUCUGUCGGGUCCCAGUUCGGCCAUGCUUGAGCAGUAUCUUGGUCAAGGUCAGAUGCAGCAGCCCGUCAACGCCUUCUUCCAGUCACAUUCCCAGCUCCAACCAAUACCAACGGGCAGAGAGAUGGAUGUUGCCGAUUUUCUCUCGAUGCGGGAUACAGGAGGAGACCUUUCCAGCGUCUCGCCCAUCGCCAUCCCUUCCUCCAGAAUGUUGUCGCCCCAAGAGGCAUCACAUUAUCCCGACUCGGGCAUCCCAUCGGCUUGUGGUUCUUUGACCUCGGGCCCAUCUGUCGGAACCACGGCCAUGUCAAGAUGCAACAGCAACUUCAACGACAACAACGCAGCCAUCCUGUCCCAACUUGAGAUGGUCCGCAUUCGGUCACAGCAUUCCACGAAUGGACAAGCUCGACAAGACAGCUUUGGCCCGAGUCAGCCGCCGUAUCAUCAACCUUCGUUGCUUGGAAAGAGGUCGGCCACAGACCUUCACAUGGGAACCGGCCCCAGCGCCCACUUUGUCGGUGCCUAUCCUUCUUCUGCGCCCACCGACUCGAUGCUUCACCAACAUCAGAUGAAGAAGUCGCCCUCCUCCCAGUCGAGCUCUCACUCCAUCUCGUCGGCGGCCAUCCAGGAACUCAAUGCGGGGUACAUGAACGAUGACCUCGGCAUGGAGCGUUCGGUCUCCAGAGACAGCACCAAGUCAAAUAAUUCCCUCAAGGUCCGCGCCAAAGAAUCUCUUGCUCGCCAGAACGUCAACGCCAAGUCUCGCCAACUUCAGCCAAAGCCAGAUGUCGUCAAGAAGGAACAACCCACAUUGGCCACCAACAAGAAGGACCCCAAGGCCGUCAUCACCAAGACCAAGUAUGAGCGCCCCAAGCACCCCAAGGUCCGCUGCCACCAGUGCAACGAGAACCCCGAAGGGUUCCGGGGUGAGCACGAGCUGCGCCGUCACACCGAAGCCAAACACAAGAGCAUGGUCAAGAAGUGGAUUUGCCAGGACCCUGGCCUGCUCGGCAUUCCGCACGCAGAGACGGCCGCCAAGCCUCUGUCGGAUUGCAAGCAAUGUUCGGCCUUUAAGCAGUACGGCGCUUAUUACAAUGCUGCUGCUCACUUGAGACGCACUCACUUCAAGGUCAAGGCACGGAAGGGUGCUGUUUCCAAGAAUGGUGCCAAGGGCGCCAGCUCGGCCGCCAAGGCGGAGGAAGAGAAGCGCGGCGGCAAAGGCGGCGGCGACUGGCCCCCCAUGUCGGAGCUCAAGCUGUGGAUGAUGGAGGUGACAGUGCCGAUGGACCAGGAGGGUGCCCUCGGUCCUGACGGGAGCGACUCGGUGGGCCAGGUCGAACAAGAGGACAUUGACAAUGAACUCGGCGCGCAGGCUUAUGGCGUGCCACCCAACCUUCUCGGCAUGGACGCCUACAGCAACAUGGCCGUCUACGCCGGACUUGGUGGGGGGUUCGGUCAGGAUCUUUCGUCACAGGGUCUCCAAGGCGAGCUUGGAUCGCAGCUCUCCGAUCUGUAUCCGCUCGACACCUCGGUCUUUGCCGCCUCUUUUCAUGGCCUGCCAAUCUCUUCGGCCGGUUUUGGGGACUGCGGUCCAUCACAGGGACAUCAGCUCCAGCAGGGCAUGCCGUCCUCCUCUUCGAUGAUGAGCAUCGACACCUCCAACUACACUUCUCCAGUCUCGUCGACGGCCACUCUCACCCAGGCCGGCAUGUUUGUCAACGACAUGCUCCCGCCCGCCAUGAUGCACACCCGUGAUGACUUGCACGACAUGCCAUUUGACCUUGCCUUUCCGGUUGGGGGGCACUAGAUCAGUGUCCGCUAUCUUGUUCCUUUUGCGUUGUUUUCUUCGACCGCCUUAGCGUACCGCGAUAGAUGGGUUUUGCUAUCUCGUUUUAUCACCACCUUACACUACACAACAACAAUAACAACAACCCCUUCCCCACCCAAAAAAAAAAAAAAAAAAGAACAAACCUAACACCAAAAAAAGUCCUUUUCUUCACGGAAGAGCAGGGUGUACAACCUUGCUUUUCCAUCCUUUUCCCAGCCGGGGCGGUUUACUGCUCGGCAUAUUUCGGUCUAUUUCUCUCUCACUUUCACAAUUCAAGAAGCCAUCGCUCUAGGCUUUUACCCCCCCUCCCUCCCGAUAUGGGUUCACUCAUUUCAUCAGUCAACUGAUCGAUCGACGGGGAUACGUUUCUCUGGUUGGAGUAGCCUUUUGUUCUUUUUCUUUCUUUUUGCCGGAUCCCCAAUCAAUGACCUUCUUUUUUUUGCAUCAACGGGGUGGAAGAUACCCAGAGCAACAACAAGAAGCAGAUUGGAUCCUGCGAGGUGAAGAAAGACCGGGGAUCAUCACUUGCGCUAUAUACAACGUUUACACUUGUCAACCACGCGGUUUUGCCUACGGAAGAAGAAACCAUGGCUGAGAAGGCCAUCCAACACACAGACCAGAUUGUCAACCCAUUUUUUGUUUUUCGCUUCGAUUUUGUACAUGUUUACACAUAUUAUUGUUUCUUUAUAUCAUUCCUCGCGCACGCAUUGAGCAUUUCCGGGGGGGAGGGGCAAUAGUUCGACACAAGAAGAAGCCUGAACCAGUCAGGGCCCCUUUUUUUUUCAACUGUUCAAGCCAACAUGUGGCCUCGUCAAAUGACGCCUAUGAAGUCUUUGUCUGUCGGUUUUACAAAGAUAUCAGAUUGGAAAUUGUUUCUUGUCUUUUUUUUAAUGUUUUUGUUGCUUCAAGGGAAUUGGAUAAUGGGCGUUUGGUUUGGUUUGGUUUGGUUUGGUUUGGUUUGGGUUUAUCACUGGACAAGAAAGGAUUGGUAUUUGGGGUGACACAGACACAACACAGACUCAAACAGAAGGGGACAUGACAGAAAAAAAAGGAUGGGCUGGACCGAUUCAAAUGGACAUGGAACAAAAGAGACGGGUUAGUUGUAGCAUGUCGAACAGUACAAAGAGACGAAUUAUAUGUAAUGUAUUUAAUGGUGGUGGUGGAGCUGAGGGAGGAGAGAGGGGGAUAUAAUGUAUAUAUCUGGAUGUUUGGAUGAGGGGAGGCGGUGGAAAUGGAAAUUGUGGAUGCAAAA